AAAAAAUUUUCGACUACAAAAAAGGUAAAAAAAAACCCGUCACCUGGCAAUGUUGCCGAACAAUAAUUGAUCGUGUCGUCUUAAUUUUUCGUAAAGUGGCAAAGCGACUGAGUGUUAGUGAGUGAGAGUGACUGAGUGAUAACAAUGGCGUUUUCUACUGAAAAAGAUUUGUGGACUGAUUCUGGUGUCUUUCGAUUUUUUAAUUUUACUCAAGCAGUAAUCAAGCAUUUUACUAUUGACACAUCUCUUACUCGCCUUGAAGAAAAGGAAAAGAAAGCUUUAUUGGGAACCGAAUUAGUAGCCGGCACGUGCGAAACGUGUGGCUGGGAGUCAAAGGUGCAUUAUGGAAAUCCCUCUAACUGGGUUCGCCAUCUUAAGAAGAAACAUGAUGUAGCUUUGGAUGCUUAUAAAGAGACUAUGGCAACUAAAAUGAAUGACAGAAAGAGGCGUCGAUCAGCUGACUCGUCUUACUUGCCGACUAAUAAGAAAGCCAAAGAGGCCGGAAGGCCACAAGAAACAAUUGAUGUUGCACUUGAUCUAAGCACAAUCUCUAGGAAAGAAGAAAAGAUCGAAAAGGCUAAAAAAUUGGAACCAGAACAUCAAGUUCGUGUAGACAUGCGUAUUUUUCAAUAUGUUGUCGGUAGUUGUCUACCUUUGAGUACUGUUGAGAACAGUCUUUUUCGAAACGUCUGCACUGAAAUUAAUCCCAAAGUGAAUGUGGUGUGCACUAAAACGCUGAAGAAAACUAUUUUGCAACAAUAUUUAGAAUAUAAAGCUAGUUUGAGGAAGAGGUUCAGCAAUGCAGUGGAUGUGUGUUUAACGGCUGAUGCGUGGGGAUCGAAAAGACGAAGUUUCUUGGGCGUAACAGCACAUUGGCUUAAAAGUAAAGGAGAGAUGAGUGAGUUGAAGAGGUGUUCUGCUGCUCUUGCUUGUAAAAGAUUUCAAGGAUCUCAUACAUACGAUAAAAUUGCGGCUUUGCUCAACAACAUUAUGGACGAUUUUAAUCUACAUGGGAAGGUUAACUAUAUAGUGACCGACAAUGGAUCCAAUUUUGUUAAGGCCUUCACUGAAUUUUCCGUCGAGAACAAGGUUGAGAAUGAAUUGACUCUCGAUGAGGAUGAAGGAAAUUUAAUAUCGAAUAUUUAUAAGGAAAAAAAUCUUUGA